GUGGAUCUUCAACUCACGAAGAUGAAGUGGGUUUAUGCAACUACAUCUUUCGUUCUGCUAUUUGUCAACCUUUCUCCAUGUAGAGCUGCAUUUAUCAAAGAAGCUGAUAAUGAGGAAACUGCUAAGUACUGGAAUGAUAUGGCUGAAAAAACUCUGAAAGAGGCUCUAAAAAUGAAGCCUAACAAUAAUAAAGCCAAGAAUCUCAUCAUGUUCCUUGGAGAUGGAAUGGGAGUUCCUACAAUGACAGCAGGUCGGAUAUAUCAAGGACAACUGAAAGGGCAGAGAGGAGAGGAGAAUGUCAUGGAACUUGAUACAUUCCCCUAUGUAGCACUUUCUAAGGUAUAUAAUAUAGAUGCCCAGGUGCCAGACAGUGCGGGUACGGGGACAGCUUAUCUGUGUGGAGUAAAGACCAACAGUGGAAUCUUGGGUUUAACAGCAGCCUCUCGCUUUGGAGUCUGCAAGUCUUCCUAUGGGAAUGAAGUGACAUCCAUCCUACAUCGAGCAAAAAAAGCAGGCAAAUCUGUUGGUAUAGUGACCACCACCCGUGUGCAACAUGCAUCACCAGGAGCAGCCUAUGCACACAGUGCAAACCGGGAUUGGUACUCCGAUAAUGAAAUGCCUGCAAGUAUGAUCAGUGAUGGCUGCAAGGACAUUGCAUACCAGCUGGUGCACAAUACAGAUAUUAAUGUAAUUCUUGGUGGGGGGAGAGCAUACAUGUUCAAAAGCGGAACUCCUGAUCCCGAAUAUCCCGACUCAGCAACUCAGCAAGCUCUCCGUAAAGAUGGGCUGAAUUUGACAGAUAUCUGGCUUAGUCAGAGAAAGAAUGCCGUAUAUGUUUGGAAUAAAAAGGAUUUUGACUCUGUGGAUGAAAGUAAAAUUGAUUACCUUAUGGGAUUAUUUGAACCAAAGGACAUGAACUAUGAGCUGAACCGUAACCCUGACAUGGACCCUUCCCUUGCUGAGAUGACUGAGAAAGCAAUUAAGAUACUGAGCAAGAACAAAAAAGGAUUCUUCCUCUUUGUAGAAGGUGGUAGAAUUGACCAUGGUCACCAUGAUGGUAGAGCUAAGCAGUCAUUGACGGAAACCGUUGAGUUUGACAAAGCUAUUAAAAGAGCUGGAGAAAUUACCAAAGAAUCUGAGACUCUAACUGUGGUGACAGCUGAUCACUCCCACGUCUUCAGUUUUGGAGGCUAUACGAAUCGUGGUACAAGCAUCCUUGGUGUGGCUCCAGGAAAAGGUACUGAUAAUAAACCCUACACUAGCAUUGUAUAUGGCAAUGGCCCUGGAUACAAUUUCCCAAAUGGAUCACGGCAGAAUAUAACCGGCGUUGAUACUGAAACGAAUACUUAUCGUCAACAAGCACCUGUCCCUCUUGGUUCAGAGACACAUGGGGGUGAGGAUGUUGCGAUCUUGGCCAAGGGCCCCUUUGCGCAUCUUUUCCAUGGCAUUCAAGAGCAGAGUUACAUCGCACAUGUAAUGGCAUAUGCAGCAUGUUUAGAACCCUAUGAAAAAUGUAGUAUAAAAUCAGCAAGUCUUAUUAUGUACCCUUCCACCGUGCUUCCAAUGCUCACCGUAUGGGGAUUACUGGUAAUACUGUGGUAAUUGCUUUAAAGU